AUGUUACUCAAAGAGGUGAUUGCUUCUUCUUAUGGAAAAUGUUGUCCUAUCCGGUGCUUCUCUGUCAAAGAACUGAAAAAAGCAAAAAACAUCUGUGUCCAACGCCAUGUUUUUACAAAAGAUGGCUUCCAUGCACUCUACAAGGGCUCUCUUCAGGGUAGGCCAAUUUGCAUUAAGGAAUAUUCGCCAGCUACGAAUAUUAGUUCAGUUAUUAAUGAGAUUGUGAUUGCAUCCUGGAUGACCAUUCAUAAGAAUGUUCUGAAGCUCUUAGGAUGCUGCUUGGAGACCGAAAUCCCUAUUCCCAUGUUAGAGUUUGCGGAGAUUAGGGAACUUUGA